UGCGGAAAGUGAGUGAGGAAGGAUUACAAAUACAGGAUUUAUCAAUUAAUAAUACGAAUAAAGGACAGGCGGAAAGUUUCUCUCAAUCAUCGCAUUUGAGUACUCAGAACAAGACGCAUACUGGUACUUAA